CGAACGGCCGAGGAGAGGCUGGUGGUCGUCGGGAUCGUGGGCAGCAGUAGCGGUGGCGGCGUCCACGAACCCGACGAAGAGACCGUCCACGGCGAGUGCCAUGAAGCUGGCUUCAACGAUGAGUUGUGCCAUGGUGAUGGUGAGGAAGAGGCCGAGGAGGGGGCUGGUGCGGAGCUGGCGCGUCUUGGCGACGAGAAGGAGGAUGGUCAGACCGUCGAGGGUGAGAGAGAGACUGGAAAGACCGAUCAGCCAACGGCUCUGGCUCGGCGAGAGGAGCGGCAGCGCUUGACGACGGCAGAAGCUGGCAAGCGGACUCGAGGCGUUGGUCAGCAGCGCUGGGCGCCUGAGCGAGGCUGGAGCCGGCGUCUCGAGGCGCAUCAGAAUGAUCGGAUCAAGGGUGGGCGGCUGGCAACAGUGGGGCUACCGGACUGCCGGUAUCCAUGCCAGCCGUCUGGUGGUCCGAGAAACCUUGUUGGUACAGAUUGGUAG